AUUGGCGUGCUCCACUUGAUUCGGAGCUGCUUUUGAUUUUGCGAUGCCUCCGAAGACUACAGCCGCUAGCACAGGUCAGAAGUCUAGGAAGGUGUUAGAAAGAGAGAUAAGUUAUACCAUGGAUUCAGACCCAUCGGAGAUCAUGGGUUCUGUUGAGGAGGAUCCAUCCGAGGAUCCAUAUGAGUCAUCCAUUCGAGUUUUUUCGACCACUUCGGUAGUAGAUAGGGUGAGAGGAGUUCCAACCUCACCAAGGCCCUUAGAUUUACAGCCUGUUGAUCAGGGUAUGAGGGGAGUAGUGUAUGGAUUGGCACAACCGAAAUUCUCUCAGGCUCAAAACUAUGUCAAGGUAUUUGAGGACACCAGCUCUUCUGAGGUUCCGGAUAGUCCACAGUCUUGGGAGUCCAUCAAUCAAGGUUCGCCGUGGUAUGUUAUGGGAUACGCAGAAGAAGAAAAUAGUAGUCGGGCCAAGAGGAGGAAGGUAACUGAUAGGGACAUGAAGAUUCCGUUUCGAAGUGUGUCCGAUCGAAGUUCUUAUAUAGGACAAGGCAAGUACCCUCUACUAUAGACUUCCUUCAAGUGUCAGUUUUUGGUUGGUGAGUUCCACCUCUUCUUGGAAUAUUACCAAGUUAGGGUUCUAAAUGUGUUUGGUUGUUUUAUGAGGAUGUAGGGAGCCCCGUCCCGGCUUGUAUAUAUAUUAUGGUUAUUCCUACUUAGAGGUUUUACAGACAAUAUCUUGUAUAUAGUUUUGGGUAUGAUAUGUCUACGGCCUAGUCGACCCCUAUGUAUAUAAAACUUUUUCUAAAUUA